AUGACUUCUGCGGGAAGAAUGUUUCCUCCCUGGACCCUGGUUGCUUCAUGCUUGUUUCAAAUUGCGGCUGCGGGGAGAACUGAUGGCUACGCAUACGGCCAGCCGAUGCCAGUAACCUGUUUGAAUCGGACAAUCGACUCCGGUGAACAUAUAACCGACGAUCUCGGAAAACUCCAAUUCAUCCCCUUCCCAACAUGCAAAGAGACCUCCGCCCCCCUCGCCCUCCGCUACGGUGUCUCCGAAUCAGUCAAUUGCACCAUCGAGGCCCUACCUGAUGAACUCUACCAUCUACUCGAAUAUUACGUCCACUCAGACGUCCCCAUGACGUGCCGCGUGCCCACCGCGCCCCUCGACUCCAGUUCUGCAACGGAUUCCAAGACCGACGAGCAGAAUGACGGAAAUAACGGCGGUGAUAAUGUCUCUACGCUAGAGGACAAUGGACCGCCAUACACGCCAAUCACGUUCGCACUGCAGGGAACUCUGCAAAAAAGCCACCUGCACAUCUGGACGGACAUGAAUGUUUUAGCGCACAAUAUCCCGCAGGUACCGUCGCCAGAGAAGACAAAGACCGCGAAAAAGGCUAAGGAGAAAGGCUAUAUGGUCGCGGGAACGGCAUACUCGGUUCCGGAAUUCGAGUAUUCUCUUCUCCACGGCAAGGGGAAGAAAAAAGAUAACGGGAAGAAGUCAGACGAAGAGAAAGAAGCUUCUGCUGUUGCCGAGGCCGCCCGCGAGCCCUGGACAGAAGGACACGGGACAAAAGUGAUCCGCGGUGAGCCGCUGACUUUCACGUUCCAUGUAAGCUGGAUUGAAGGCGGCCGAGGCAUUGGGUGGCCGGGCCGUGAUAUUUCGGUGUCGUCUUCGUCCUUGUCCGGGUUUUGGUGGUUGCUCUCGAAGGUGAUUUUCUUUGGAAUUGCGGCGUCAGUGGGCGCGUUGGUCGCGCUUUAUUGGGAGCGGAAUGGCAACGGAAUCGUGGGCAGACGGAGGGGUUGGAAGGGAGAUGGGAUCUUGGGUGUUCCAGCUGUUGGUAAGGGGGCCGUGGGUAUAUCAUUUGGAAACGGGUCGAGAACGAACGGAUAUGGGUACGGAGGGUAUUCUGCCAAUGGUUCUGGGGGUGGAUAUGGCGGUUUUGCGAGUGGAAAGAGAGAUUGA